AUGGGGCAUCGGAUAAGAUGCCACGUGGGUCAGAAAAGUAUUGAAAGAACUCGCACGAAGGGGAGCAGUGGUGAAUCCAAGACUUCGACUCAGCUAGGCCGGGCGUUAAUCAUUGUGCUGUUUGUGUGGUUCUUCUACGGGUUAUUGCUCAAAGACUAUAACAUAUCUAUUCCAAAUGUGCAGGGGUUCAUCUUUGGAGUACUUCAAAUGGUGCUUUAUGUAAUUUACAAAAAUGCAAAACAAGUAAUAGAAGAAAAUCUUGCUGAAAUACAAAAGAAAACUAUUUCAUUGGAAGAUCAGAAGCUUCCAGAACUCAAGGACCAGAUUACUGAUGUUGUGAAGCCAAGUGCAAUUGCUGGCCGUAGCAUAAGGCAGACAAGGCAACUGCCUAAGGUCUCUGAUUUUCUGGAGCCCCUGAUUUUUUGGCCCUGUCUAGUAGAUGUCAUUAUUGCAGAAGCAAAAGUUUCUGUAUUAUUCGUUCGCUCUACUGGGGUGACCUUUUGGGUGAAUGAUAAAAAGUCCAAUGCAAACUAA